GCCGUACCCACCUCGGGGAUUCUGUAGAGAAAAAUCAACCCUCUUCCGUGACUCCCCUCCGUGUGUGUGUGCGUCACUUCCGCAAAGAGGGCACCUCACCAAUCAGAAUUGAGGAGGGUGUAGCUUGUGCUGAUGUUCGACUGUGAUUGACUUUUUUUUUGGAUUUUUCUGGGACUGCGUUUUCGCAGAAGGCUGACCCGUACGGCUUAUUGUGGGCACGUGGACUGUGUCAGGGAAGCUCAGGUCUGAGCUUAUCUUCCGUCUGAAGAGAAAAUUAGCUAAGUCCUCAUAGUUGACUCAACUGUUGACAGAAAUCUUGAAGGGAAAGCAGUCAAGUAUUACAUGCUUGUAAAACCUUUAAGUUGCAGAACACUGUGUAAGGGGAAGCUGAGCCCAGAGCUACAUAUACAGGUUAUCUUAUCAAAAUGUGUGGACGUAACGCAAUCUGAAGGAAAUUCAAGACCACGAAACUUGCUGGCCAAAGCACAUUGUACAAGAAGAGUAUUUGGAGAAAGACCUUUCUGUGAAAUCAGGAUGGAAGCAGAACACCAACAGCCACGGAAGACACCCUUUUACUCAGAAUUACCUAAAGUGGAACUUCAUGCCCACCUGAAUGGAUCCAUUAGUUCUAAUACCAUGAAGAAAUUGAUAGCCAAGAAGCCAGGUCUUAAAAUCAGCAAUCAGAUGACUAUGAUUGACAAGGGAAAGAAAAGAACUUUAGAAGAAUGUUUCCAGAUGUUUCACAUUAUUCAUCAGCUUACUACUAGCCCUGAAGAUAUUCUAAUGGUCACAAAAGAUGUCAUUAAAGAAUUUGCAGAUGAUGGUGUGAAGUACCUGGAACUAAGGAGCACACCCAGAGGAGAAAAUGCUACAGGAAUGACUAAAAAGACUUAUGUGGAAUCUGUACUUGAGGGUAUAAAACAGUCCAAACAAGAAAACAUAGACAUUGAUGUUAGGUAUUUAAUAGCAAUUGACAGAAGAAGUGGCCCUUCAGUAGCCAAGGAGACCGUUAAACUUGCUGAAGAGUUCUUCCUCUCUGCUGACAAUACAGUUCUUGGCCUUGACCUCAGUGGAGACCCUACUGUAGGACAGGCAAAAGACUUCUUGGAACCACUUUUAGAAGCUAAAAAAGCAGGCCUGAAGUUGGCAUUGCAUCUUUCAGAGAUUCCAAACCAAAAACAAGAAACACAAGUACUUCUGGAUCUGCUUCCUGACAGAAUUGGGCAUGGGACAUUUCUCAACUCCUCUGAGGGAGGAUCCCCGGAUCUGGUAGACUUCGUGAGGCAAUACCAGAUACCACUGGAACUCUGUUUGACCUCAAACAUCAAAAGUCAGACAGUUCCAUCUUAUGACCAGCAUCAUUUUGGAUUUUGGUACAGCAUCGCCCAUCCAUCUGUGAUCUGUACCGAUGAUAAGGGUGUUUUUGCAACACACCUUUCUCAGGAGUACCAACUAGCAGCUGAGACAUUUAAUUUGAACCAGUCUCAGGUGUGGGAUCUGUCUUACAAAUCCAUCGACUACAUCUUUGCUUCUGACAGCACCAGGUCUGAACUGAGGAGGAAGUGGAAUCAUCUGAAACCCAAAGUGUUACAUUUUUAAGCUGCAAUGAGGUGAACUACUUUUGAAUAUGUGUUGCAACCAAGAGCUUCCUGCCAUCUCCCACGUAGUAAACCGUCCACCACUCCCUCUGAAGCACAGCAGCCAGGUACCAUGGGCUCCAUCACCAGUAGCUUACUCAUGACUGGUCCCAUGACUGGCAGGCUCUGAAGUCUUACAGAGCUUAUCUCCAUGCUGCUUCCUGGAAGGGACCUGAAGGUGGCGGCUAUCUAAACUACCCACACGGCACCUGGGUGGCUCAGUGGGUAAAAGCCUCUACCUUCGGCUCAGGUAAUGAUCCCAGGGUCCUGGGAUCGAGCCCCACAUCAGACUCUCUGCUCGCCUGCUUCCCCCAGGGAGCCUGCUUC